AUGGAAGACACACGCACGCAAACUGCCUCCCCGGCAGAAGAAUCCCGUCGCAGCCAUCACUCCAGCAGCACCCUUCCGAACGAGCGCGAUGACCAAGACAUAGAGAAACAGCGUCUUCACGGUGGCAUGGCCGAAGGCACAAAGGACAAAGAACCCGACCCCAAUAUCGUGGACUGGGAUGGCCCCGAUGACCCAGAAAACCCUCAGAACUUCCCCCGCCCCCGCAAAUGGCUCAUAACCAUAAUUCUCGGGCUCAUGACCGUCUCGGUAACCUUCGCCUCGUCCGUCUUCAGCACCGCGUCCACUGUGACCGCGCAACAAUUCCACGUCUCCGACGAGGUAAUGGUCCUCGGCACCAGCCUCUUCGUGCUCGGAUACAGUUUCGGCCCGCUCUUCUUCGGCCCUCUCUCCGAACUCUACGGCCGCAAAACCCCCCUGUUCAUGGGGUUUUUCAUCUUCGCCAUAUUCCAGAUCCCUGUUGCUGUCGCCCAGAAUCUCCAGACGAUUAUGAUAUGUCGGUUCCUGGGCGGGUUGUUCGCCAGCGCGCCACUGGCUAUUGUCGGCGGUAUGCUGGCGGAUUUAUUCGGUCCUGUGGAACGGGGAAUUGCGAUCGCGGUGUUCGCGGGCGCUACGUUCGUGGGACCAGUCGCGGGCCCGAUUGUCGGUGGGUUCAUCACGAUGAGUUACCUUGGGUGGCGGUGGACGGAGUACAUCACUGCCAUUAUGGCAUUUUUCUUCGGGGCUGUGGGGUUCCUGAUUGUGCCGGAGACGUUUGGGCCGACGUUACUGGAAAGGAGAGCGAGGAGGAAGAGGUUCGAGACGAGGAAUUGGGCACUGCAUGCUAGGUCGGAGGAGAUGCCUGUUGAUCUGAAGCAUAUUGCGACUGUUUAUCUGAUCAGGCCGUUUUUGAUGCUCGUCCGGGAACCGAUAUUGUUACUCAUCACGCUGUACAUGGGGUUUAUUUAUGGGUUCUUGUAUCUUUGCUUUGAGGCGUAUCCGGUUGCGUUUCAGGAGUUGAGAGGGUGGAAUGAGGGGGUGGGCGCAUUGCCGUUUAUUGCGAUUGCCGUUGGGGUGGUGUUUGGGUGCUGUGUUAUUGUGUUCUUUACAAAGACGAGGUUUCAGAAGGUGUUGGAGAGGGAGGGUCAUGUUGUUCCUGAGGAGAGGCUCAUUCCCAUGAUGAUUGGAGGGGUGUUGUUGCCUGCGGGCAUGUUUUGGUUUGGGUGGACGAGCAACCCGCACAUUAUUUGGGUACCGCAGGCCAUUUCCGGGGGGUUGUUGGGGGCUGGGAUUUUGUUGAUUUUUAUGCAGGGGUUGAACUAUAUCAUCGACUGCUACAACAUCAACGCCAACUCGGCUAUUGCAGCCAAUUGCUUCUUUCGGUCAGGGCUGGGGGCGGGGUUUCCGAUGUUUGCUAUUCCCAUGUUCCAUAAUCUGGGCGUGCCGUGGGCCAUGACGCUGCUGGGAUGUCUGACAGCCAUAUUGUUCCCCGUGCCGAUUCUAUUCUAUAUCUUUGGGAGUAGAAUUCGGUCGUGGAACUUGAUUUUCUACACUCAGCGUGACUUUUCCUAUUUAAAUGAGGCCGCUUCAAUAACGGGUACUCAGAGGUAG